AUGGCGAGCAAGGAGAAUACCGAGACUCUUACCAAAGAGCAAAAGGCCGCUCUAAAAGCUCAGAGAAAAGCUGAAUUUGAAGCUAAAUUUCAAAAAUCUUCCCUUAAACCGGCAGCAAAUGAGGCCAAGUCAAAGGCUGAGUUAAAAGCGGAGCGACGGGCUAUACAGGAAGCACAGCGAUCUGCCAAAGCUCAAACUCAACCGCUUGCAACCAAACAACAACAAACAAAUGAUCAACCGAAAAGUGCCACUGUCGCACCACCUAAAACAACCUCGCAAUCAGCAACGGCUGCAACACCUGCAACAAAAACAGAAUCGACUCCACCACCAGACUCUAAGGCAAAUGAAAGUGUUUCCACUGAGAAAACUAUUAUUGCCCACAAAGAAUUGCCUGACAAAAUAUUCUCCCACCUUCCGCGUCGAGUUCUUGACCUGGCCGAACUUUCUACUUCAUCGGUUCCGUCAAUUGUCAUUCAGGUUGGCUAUCGCAUAAACAAAGACCUGAUAAGAGGAUCUACUGCCAAGUGCAUUGCCAUGUUGAUGGCAUUUAAGACGGUUGUUGAAGCAUAUAAACCGAUAGAAAAAAAUGAUUUGAAGCGUGACUUGCAGAAGAUUUUGUUUACAGAUUGUAUCAGGUUCCUCUCAAAAUGUCGUCCUCUAUCAAUUAGCAUGCACAAUGCUGUCAAGCAUUUGAAGCUCGUCUUUUCUCGUAUUCCUGCUGAGUCUAAAGACGACCAUGUGAAAAGUUUUAUUUGUAAUGCUAUUGAGACUUUUGUAGAGGAAGAGAUUAUCUGCUCAUGGAAAGCCAUUGUCGAUCGUUCAUUAGAGAAAAUUCAUGAUGAAGACACGAUCCUCACUCUUGGAUGCUCUACAAUUGUAAAACACGUUUCUAAGGUUAUCUUUGAAGCACAUUCAUUGCUUGGCAAUGGCUAUGUCAUGUCGCACAUUGGCUCUUCUCAAGUCGCCCUUGUUGCUAAAGCCUACAAUGUGCCGGUUAUUGUUUGCUGUGAAACUUAUAAAUUCUCAGAAAAGGUGCACACGGACUGUUUUGUGCACAAUGAACUUGGAAACACCAAGAGCUUCUUCAGUUCAUUAGGCAAGCAAAAUACUAUUGAUAGCUCUGAAAUUCCAGAAAACAUGAACGUGCUCGACCUUUUAUACGACCUGACACCGCACGAGUUCAUUUCCGCUGUCAUCACUGAAAAGGGCUCACUGCCGUGUACAUCAGUGCCUACUAUUCUUCGCGUUCGCGAAACCAAAUAA